AUGACCGUGAUAGCGGGAGAAAACAUGGACGAUACGUCAGCCCUUCCAGGCCACCCUCAAGAUAGCUACCACCCUGACCACGAUGACCAUGAGUGCUGUGAGAGGGUGGUCAUCAACGUGGCUGGGUUGCGCUUUGAGACACAGUUAAAAACCCUUGCCCAGUUCCCCAACACAUUGCUUGGAAACCCCAAAAAAAGGAUGCGCUAUUUCGACCCUUUGAGGAAUGAGUACUUUUUUGAUCGUAAUCGCCCUAGUUUCGAUGCCAUACUGUACUACUAUCAGUCUGGGGGUAGGCUUCGUAGGCCGGUCAAUGUACCCCUGGACAUGUUUUCUGAAGAGAUCAAGUUCUAUGAACUAGGGGAAGAAGCCAUGGAAAAAUUUCGGGAGGAUGAGGGCUUUAUUAAAGAGGAGGAGCGCCCCUUGCCGGAAAAAGAGUUCCAACGUCAAGUGUGGCUUCUGUUUGAAUACCCGGAGAGCUCAGGCCCAGCAAGGAUCAUUGCCAUAGUUUCUGUCAUGGUAAUCCUUAUCUCCAUUGUUAUCUUCUGCUUGGAGACCUUGCCAGAAUUAAAGGAUGAGCGGAUCUUCAGCCGCAAAGUGGACAACAGUACAGUCUUUUUCAAAUCCAACAUCUUCACAGAUCCCUUCUUUGUGGUGGAAACCCUCUGCAUCAUCUGGUUUUCCUUUGAGUUGGUGGUAAGGUUCUUUGCUUGUCCCAGCAAAGCAGAAUUCUUUAAGAACAUCAUGAACUUUAUUGACAUAGUGGCCAUCAUCCCAUACUUUAUUACCUUGGGGACUGAAAUGGCCGAGCAAGAAGGUCCCCAAAAAGGGGAGCAGGCAACCUCUUUGGCCAUCCUGAGGGUCAUCAGACUGGUAAGAGUAUUUAGAAUCUUCAAACUCUCCAGACAUUCUAAGGGCCUCCAAAUUUUGGGACAGACCUUGAAAGCUAGUAUGAGAGAACUAGGGUUGCUAAUCUUUUUUCUGUUCAUUGGGGUCAUCUUGUUCUCCAGUGCAGUGUACUUUGCGGAAGCAGAAGAGGAUGAGUCUCAUUUUAGCAGUAUCCCUGAUGCUUUCUGGUGGGCGGUGGUAUCCAUGACCACUGUGGGCUAUGGUGACAUGUACCCUGUGACAAUUGGAGGCAAAAUCGUGGGCUCCUUGUGUGCCAUUGCUGGUGUCCUGACAAUUGCCCUGCCCGUACCUGUCAUCGUGUCCAACUUCAACUACUUUUACCACCGAGAAACUGAAGGGGAAGAACAGGCUCAGUUACUCCAUGUUAGCAAUCCCAAUUUAGCCUCUGACAGUGACUUGAGUCGCCGCAGCUCUUCCACUAUGAGCAAAUCUGAGUACAUGGAGAUUGAAGAAGAUCUGAAUAAUAGCAUAGAUAAUUUUAGAGAGUCGAAUCUGAGAACUGGCAACUGCACCGUAGCCAAUCAGAACUGUGUUAACAAAAGCAAGCUACUGACAGAUGUGUAG